UCCUCUCUGCUGGCGGCUAUAAUAAAUUGCUGUACGUGGACGAGACAGUUGAGGAAUACGGACAUCACAACGCGGUUCGACGUUUAUUUCGUUCUGUAGCAAUACCUGUUUCGUACGCCUAAAUACAUAUUUUUUUCUGUCGAAGACUGCCAUUAUUUACGUGGCUAUAAUAAUGGUGUGAAGGUGGAUAAACGGCCGGGGACCAACGCUUCUCCAAGAUUUCGGCGUUAAUCAGUAUCUGAACGCCGGUGCCGUGAACAUGGAUAUCGACGAUGGAGCAGAGGAGUUUUCCUUGGAGGAAAUCUUAUCGUUGUACAGCCAGCCGAUCAAUGAAGAGCAGGGAUGGGCUGUUUGUUACCAAUGUUGCAGAACUUUGGUUCAGAAACACCGGAGGAUUAAUUCCAAGACCUCCAGCGCUUCAGUUGGGGAUUUGCCGAGAAGGAUUGAAGGACCUGGCGAUGUACGGAUUCUGAGAGAUGGAACCGUUCAAUUGCACCACCAAGACAGCACAGAUAAACCCAGACCUCCCAACACUUCCUUAGAGGUGAUUGAAUCUCUGGGAAUCAUGAUCUACAAGGCGUUGGACUACAGUCUGAAGGAGAGCGAGGAGAGAGAGCUCAGUCUGCCUCUGGAGCAACUCAUCGACAUGAUGACCAACGUGGCAGAGAAGGAGAGGGACCCCUGCCCCGAUGAAGGUUACGAGGCCACCGAGGAGGAGGAAGACCCAAACACUGUCUGUAAUAUUAAAAGAUUCAGAGACGUCCUCACGCUGUGUACGUCCCACCUGCCCAGCCCCUCUGAUGCCCCUAACCACUACCAGGCUGUGUGUCGGGCGCUCUACGCCGAGACCAGAGAGCUACGCAGCUUCCUGGAGAAGAUCAGGAGUGCCAAAGAGAACCUGCGGCGGAUGGAGCGAGACACCGGAGAGGAACCAAUCAGAGAUGUCAACGAGCUACAGAACGCUGACUGGGCUAAGUUCUGGAUGCAGGUGAUGGGUGACCUGCGUAACGGGGUCAAGCUGAAGAAGGUCCAGGAGAGACAGUACAGCCCUCUACCUGUAGAGUUCCAGCUCACACCUUACGAGAUGCUGAUGGAUGACAUCCGCUUCAAACGAUACAAACUACGGAACGUCAUGCUGAAUGGAGACGUCCCUCCCAGGGUAAAGAGCGCUCAUGAGGUCAUCCUGGACUUCAUCCGCUCCAGACCACCUCUCAACCCUGUUACUGGAAGGAAGUUGAAGCCUCACCCUGCGUGGCCGCAGACCCUACAUGAGCGUCUCUUAGAGGGCAUCAAACAGGAGAGGAAGCUACGGCCUGUUUCACCUGACGUGACCCGACGCAACCGCCUGGGAGCAGACUAAAUCAUCAGCACCCCUCAAGAUCUGAACCGCAGCUCUGACUUGUCCUCUCCAGAUGCCCCCAGGAAGCAGGCCACCAGCACCCUGUCCUGUCCACCAGCUCCCGGGGUGGGAGGGGCUCUGCAUCAGAGGAAGAGGCUCCUGAAGGCGCCCACAUUGUCUGAACUGGAGAGCUCAGAGUCUGAUGAUGAGCCCAGUCACAGCUCCUCCAGUUGGUCAGCAUCCGUGUUGGACACCUCGUCUCCUGAAUCUGUCCUGGGGAAGAACGACGCACCCCCCAGUCUGCCAAUCACUGUGACUCCCCAGCCUGUGUUACUGUGUUGUCCCUCCCCUCAGAGGAGACACUCGUCUGAGGAGCCCCCCACUGUGUUGUCAUCCUUCACAGCCCCACCAGACUGUGUGUCCUGGGGGUGUGUGGAAAACCCCGCCCCCAGCAGUGGUGCUAAGGUGGAGGACUUCUGCUACCCUGUAGAGUGUCUGGCUCUAACAGUAGAAGAGGUGAUGCACAUCAGACAGGUUCUGGUCAAAGCUGAGCUGGAGAAGUUCCAACAGUACAAAGACGUUUACAACGAACUGAGGAAAGGAAAGCUGUGUUUCUCCUGUCGGACUAAACCCUCCUCCUCCUUCUCCUUCUUCAAACCCUCCUCCUCCUCCUCCUCUCCUGGCUGUGUUUCCUACACCUGCCAAUUCUGCAAAAGGCCUGUGUGCUCUCAGUGCUGUAAAAAGGAGAGACUUCCUCUGACUCUGUCCUGUUGUUUCCAGAAGAGUCUUCCAUCUACUACCACCAUCCUACCCAGGGAGGAGGCUGGAGGGGCAUCAGCCUUGGACACCCCAGAGAAACCCUCGUCCAGCCAGCGCCUGCGCCGGACUGUCUCCAGGUUAUCCAAACGCAAAAUUGAGCGGUCUAGUGACGAGCGGGAUCUUCCCAAGGAGCUGACAGAGGAUUGGUGUACCAUGGAGGUCUGCAUCGACUGUAAGAUGUUCAUCUCUGAGAUCAUCUCCAGCAGCAAGCGCUCUCUGGCCACCAAGCAAGCCCAUCUGAAGAGGAAACCCCAGUCCUUCUACAUAUCUUCAGCUAACUACUGCAGACCCUCUGUGAGGAACGUCAACGAGGUUUAACUUUUUAGGGUCAGACCUCUCUCUGUCCACUCCUUGGGGGCGUCUCAAAUCCAAAUUUGUAUUUGUCACGUGCUUCUAAAAACAGCAGUGAAAUGCUUCUAUUUCAUGAAAAACUUCUCCAUAUAGGGCAGCACUUUGACCAGAGCUCAAAGGGACCAGGCUGUUUGUCGGCCAUCUAGCUGUGUGAUGUAUUUAUCAUGACUCUGGCUGACACGCUAUGGACUCUGGUCUAAAGUAGUGCACUGAAUAGGGAAUAGGGUAGGUACCCUUUUGAGACAGUCAUACUCUCUCAGCUCUUUACUGCUCAUCACUGUGUUAUAAUGAUAUAGGUGACCGUUGUAGAAGAUGUUCAGUGUGUUAGUAUAUACUACCUACCUGGAUGGAUGAUUCUAGACAUUUGUUGAAUAGACAGCAUGGGUUCUCUUCCCCUAACCGCUAGUGUCAGGAACGAUUGGGUUAGUGUACAGCUGUGGGCGGACGACUAGCUAGCCGUUGACAGAAACCAAUUCACAGUAUAGUAGUCCAUGAAUAAAGUGUCUACCACAGUAUAGAUGCGCUAUUAGAAUAUUUAACCAUUUCCUAUUCUCUCACGUUCUGUGAUUAACCCUAAUAUACUGAACAAACGCAACAUGCAACACUUUCAAAGAGUUUACUGAGUUACAGUUCAGGAAAUCAGUCAAUUGGAAUAAAUUCAUUAGGCCCUCAUCGAUGUAUUUCACAUGACUGGGCAGGUUGCAGCCAUGGGUGGAGGGCAUAGGACCACCCACUGGGGAGCCAGACCCACCCACUGGGGAGCCAGACCCACCCACUGGGGAGCCAGACCCACCCACUGGGGAGCCAGGCGCAGCCAAUCAGAAUGAGUAUAUACUCACAAAAGACAGAAAUACUCCUCAGCACCCCCCAGAUUAUCCAGCAGAUGAAGAAGCUGGAUGUUGAGGUCCUGGGUUGGCGUGGUUACUUGUGGUCUGCGGUUGUGAGGCCGGUUGGAUGUACUGCCCAAAUUGUCUAAAGCGACGUUGGAGGCGGUUUAUGGUAGAGAAAUAAACAUUCAAUUAUCUGGCAACAGCUCUGCUGGACAUUCCUACAGUCAGCAUGCCAAUUGCACGCUCCCUCAAAACACAAGACAUCUGUGGCUUUGUGUUGUGACAAAACUGCACAUUUUAAGUGGCAUUUUAUUAUCCCCAGCACAAGGUGCACCUGUGUAAUGAUCACGUUUGUUUAUCUUCUUGAUAUGCUAAACCUGUCAGGUGGAUGGAUUAUCUUGGCAAAGGAGAAAUGCUCACUACCAGAGAUGUAAACGAAUUUAUGCACAUGGAACAUUUCUGGGAUCUUUUAUUUCAGCUCAUGAAACAUGUGACCAACACUUUACAUGUUGCAUUUUAUAUUUUGGUUAAGUGAAUUAGGGGGACCAUUCAAAUAGCUGCUGAGAUCACGGAGGUGGUCGGUCGGUGAGACCUCUCGUCCCCGUCCAGAGAUAAUAUAUAUAUUUAACAGUAGUGUGGUCGGUCGGUGAGACCUCUUGUCCCCGUUCAGAGAUAAUAUAUAUAUUUAACAGUAGUGUGGUCGGUCGGUGAGACCUCUUGUCCCUGUUCAGAGAUAAUAUAUAUAUUUAACAGUAGUGUGGUCGGUCGGUGAGACCUCUUGUCCCUGUUCAGAGAUAAUAUAUAUAUUUAACAGUAGUGUGGUCGGUCGGUGAGACCUCUUGUCCCUGUUCAGAGAUAAUAUAUAUAUUUAACAGUAGUGUGGUCGGUCGGUGAGUUUCCAUAGGCAUAACCACUCUAGGCAUUUUAUUUCUAAGGGAGUCUCUUCCCAGCCAAUAAAAUUAAACCAAAUGUUAUGUCUAUGGUAGCCUCUGCCCCUCCCCAGCCAAUAAAAUCAAACCAAAUGUUAUGCCUAUGGUAGUCUCUGCCCCUCCCCAGCCAAUAAAAUCAAACCAAAUGUUAUGUCUAUGGUAGCCUCUGCCCCUCCCCAGCCAAUAAAAUCAAACCAAAUGACAUGCCUAUGGUAGUCUCUCCCCAGCCCCAGCCAAUAAAAUCAAACCAAAUGUUAUGCCUAUGGUAGUCUCUGCCCCUCCCCAGCCAAUAAAAUCAAACCAAAUGACAUGCCUAUGGUAGUCUCUCCCCAGCCCCAGCCAAUAAAAUCAAACCAAAUGACAUGCCUAUGGUAGUCUCUCCCCUCCCCAGCCAAUAAAAUCAAACCAAAUGUUAUGCUACUCCAAAAAAUUUUGCCAGGUUUUUUUUGUCAUCUAAAAUUGGAUUGGCUGGAAAACAGGGUAAGGUCAGAGGUCAAAUGAUUUGGUGUGUUUUAGCCACUUGUUUACUAUGAUAUAUUUGGAUCAUUUCUGUGCCUGGUGCCAUGUCAUUCUAUGGACCUGUAGCAUAUUGGCAAGAACUUGAUGAGGAAUUGAUAUGGGGAUUCUAGAAGCAGUUUUUUUUUUUUUUUUUGGUUCCUAGCUGACCAAUAGGAUCUCAGAAUGGUGGGAUGUGAUUGUGUGCAUGUUGUAUCUAACACCAUCCAUUAUAUUCUAGUAUAUAUAACAAUGUUUUUUCAGGAAUAUUAUCUUAAAGAUUUUUAUUUCUUUUGUAUGUAAUAUUGACUAUCUCCUGUCCGGAUCAGAAUAGAUCACAUGGAUGGACCUCCUAGACCAGUUAGGUCUGGAUCAGACCAGAUAGAUGGACCUCCUAGACCAGUUAGGUCUGGAUCAGACCAGAUAGAUGGACCUCCUAGACCAGUUAGGUCUGGAUCAGACCAGAUAGAUGGACCUCCUAGACCAGUUAGGUCUGGAUCAGACCAGAUAGAUGGACCUCCUAGACCAGUUAGGUCUGGAUCAGACCAGAUCGUCCUUCUCGACCAGUCAGGUCUGAAUAGCACUUUUACUGUACCAAUGUUUUGAAGUUCCUUCUUUACUCAUUUAAUUUAAAUUCUUAAAUCUUUUGUUCCACGUCGUGAAGUUAAUGUGGUGUAAUGGUAUCCUAGAGUUAAUCGUGUGUGUUAGAGCUUGGGGGUUUGGAAGCAGGUGUCAGAAAAGCACAUCUUUCUGAAUGUACAGGGUAUAAUGGUUUUAAAAUAUCUUAUUUCAAAUGCAAUCUAAAUCUAUAUACAAAGAAUUUUAAUGCCCCCUUAAAAUAAUUAUUUAUUCACGCACAAUAUCCAUACACGGUCUGCCUAGAGACGACACAUGGAUUAUCAUUCAUACACAUAAAUCCUACAGACACACACCCAAUCUGCCAUUUUCUAAUUUAUUUAUUUUCUGACCCCUUUGUACCAACUGUGGUAGAAAGAUCAGAAUUAUAACAAGUUUGACAUGACUAACGUCAAUAUCAACCUCAUUAAAUGUUCAUUUGGACCAUAUGGAUACAGUGAGGAAGGAAUGGUGUGUAUGCUAUAAUUUUUGUUAAUUUUUUUAAUGACAAUAAAAUUCUCUCUUUUGAA